UUAAUUUCCUCAGCCAAACGCCAGACAAUUAGCCUUCAGUGCAAAGGCCGGGCUCUCAGAAGUAUUUAAUGGGAUGUGAAUGUGGCUGGGCUGACUUCAUCCCCGCGAGCAUGACAGUGGGUGGGAGCCCCGACUUGUUGCUGAGCUCUAGGAAAUCAGUGCGCGGCUUCCUAGAUGGAGAUUUAGCAUGUAGUUAGCAAAAACACUGCGAGCCGUUUGCUGAUUUUCGCAGAAACGGGCUCUUGCUUCCCGGGCGUGCUUUAUUUAGCUGCGUGUCCGGGCCGCUGCUCUGCCGCGUGGUGCAGGGAGGUGGGGGAAUCGCUGCCCCCCUCCCUCCCCUUUCCUUCUUCCCUUGCUGGCCUGACGUCUGGGGCUGAGAUCUCCCUCACCAUGCCGAGAAGCAGCCAAAGCACCAGGGCUGCUUCUCCCAGGACCUGAGGAUGUAGCAGGAUCCGUCCCGCCUGCGGCUGCCUGCAGGAGAGCCGCGCUGCUGCGCACAGGUCCUGGCCACCAUGCUGAUUCGCACUUGUUUCCUUUUUGCCUGCCUGCCCGUGGCGAGCCACGUCUGGGGACGAGGGGGCCAAGGGUCAGGCCGCCUGAAACUCACGGUCCUCUCGGAAGACAGGCUCCAGAUGAAAUGGAAAGAGACCGAGGGGAACAUCAACGGCUACAAAGUGCGGGUGAAACCCAUGGCAGGGGACUCGGAGCAAGAAGUCAUGCUGAAAACCAAGACUCCCAAAGCCACCGUGGGGGGGCUGAGCCCUACCAAGGAAUACACACUGCAGGUCUACGUGCUCAACGGCUCCCAGGAAGCCUUGUUUGCCAAGAGGAAAUUUGUGAUAGAGGACCUCAAAAAUGCAUCCCAGGCUAGAAACAACCGCAGGAACGCGGGAGCUGCAUCGGGAAAGAAUCUCACCUCCGUGGGGAGCUCAGCAGCUGAGCACAGCGGGGGCGCAGAGCCCACCCCUCCGCCCCCAAACGCUGUCUUGGUGCAGCCAGCAAAAGACAGAGCUGAAAAGAAAAGGCAGAAGGGGGCUCAGCCCAAGGGCUCAGGAGAAGCCACGAGAAGCCAGCCCCAUGCAGAGGCCAGUGUGACACAAACACCACCACCAGCCCCAAAAUCAUCCCAGCGCAGUCCUGCAAGCUCGGAGCGAGAGUCUCUAGGAAAAGAAAAACCCACAAAGGAUUCACUGAGGAGAGGUUCCCACUUUCAGUGUGACACAUCUGCAAUGACUGAUAUCGUCCUGCUUGUGGAUGGAUCGUGGAGCAUCGGACGCAGCAACUUCAAGCUCAUUAAGGAGUUCCUGAGCACUUUAAUUUCCCCAUUCAGCAUUGCCCAAGACAAGAUAAGAGUAGGGUUGUCCCAGUACAGCAGCGAUCCCCGCACGGAGUGGGACCUGGGCGCUUACACCACGAGGGAGCAGGUGCUGGAGGCAGUGAGGAAUUUGCGGUACAAAGGUGGCAACACCUUUACAGGCCUGGCACUGACCCACGUCCUGGAACAAAACCUGAAACCAGAUGCUGGCGCCCGGCUGGAGGCUGAGAAAUUGGUAAUCCUCCUGACUGACGGAAAAUCCCAGGAUGAUGCCAACCUGGCUGCUCAGACCUUGAAAAACAUGGGCAUAGAGAUAUUUGCCAUCGGGGUGAAGAACGCGGACGAGGCCGAGCUGAAGCAGGUGGCCUCGGAGCCGCUGGAGCUCACGGUGUACAACGUGCUGGAUUUCCCCCUGCUCAGCAACCUGGUCGGCAGGCUCACCCGGGUCCUGUGCGCCAGGAUCAAGGAGAAGAGCAAGGAAAAUGCAGGUAGCACUGUGAAAGAUAUCCCCACAGAUAUGGGUCCCCAGCUGAGCCCAACUGACCUUAAAAUAUCAGCUGUGACCUCUAAGAGCAUGCACUUGACCUGGAGUCCUCCUCUGAGACCACCAAAGAAAUACCGGAUUGUGUAUUACCCAUCGAAGGGUGGCACCCCCAAGGAGGUGAUUUUAGAUGGAGCAGUCUCCUCUCUGAGGCUUUCCAACUUGACCUCGCACACGGAGUAUCUGGUGUCGGUGUUUCCUAUUUAUGACACCGCUGUUGGGGAUGGGCUGAGAGGCGUCACCUCCACACUGCCUCUGUCUUCUCCCCGCUCCCUGCGCGUCUCUGAGCUGAGCCACAACAGCAUGAGGCUGAGCUGGAAGGCAGCCCCGGGAGCCACGCAGUACCUGGUGCUCUGCUCUGCAGCCCCUGACGGAGCAGAGGACUAUACGAUGGAGGUGAAGGUGGCCCAGCCUGAGGUCCUGCUGGAUGGGCUGUCGCCCAGCACAGAGUACUCUGUGGCCGUGUAUGCGAUGUACGGGGAAGAUGCAAGUGAUCCAGCCAGCAUCCAGGAAACCACCUUGCCCUUGAGUCCCCCCCGAUACCUGAGCUUCUCCGAGCUCAGCCACGCGUCCGUCCGUGUCAGCUGGGAGGCUGCAUCGCAGGCGGUGAAGGCUCACCACGUCACCUACGAGGCGAGCGGAGGGAGCAACACCGGGGAGGUUGAGGUUCCUGGCACUGCAACAUCCACCGUCCUGAGGCCUUUGUCCUCCCUUACCCAGUACUUCAUCAGUGUCAGGUCCACGUAUGAUGAAGGCGACUCCUUCCCGAUUACUGGCAACGUUACCACCUUAAAGGUCCCCCCGCCGCGGGCACUGAAGGUGACCGAGCUCUCCGGGAACAGCCUGCGGCUGCAGUGGGAAGCUGUUGCUGCCUCUGAUGUGGUUGUCUAUCAGAUCAAAUGGAGCACAGCCGCUGGGGAGAAGCCUCAGGAGCUCUCCAUCGCUGGAAAUGUGGCAACUGCCAUCCUGCCAGGCUUGCAGAAGAACACAGACUACAAAAUAUCCAUCUGGGCCUACUACAAAGAUGGUGCUCGAAGUGACACGGUCUCUAUUCAGCACAGGACCAAUUCCCGGAGCCCACCCACCAACCUCUUCAUCGACUCCGAGAGCCCCACCAGCCUCCAGGUCCACUGGAAGCCCCCCGAGGGCCGUGUACAGCACUACAAGAUCACCUACAGCCCCGUCUCUGACACCGGUGCUCAGCAAACAAUCAUGGCUUCUGGGAAAAGCAGCAGUGUGACCUUGCAGUCGCUGCUGCCUGACCGAGCCUACAAGGUCACCGUUUCAGCUGUCCACUACAUGGGGGAGAGUGAGAGCACGUCUGCAACGGGCCGGACAGCUACUGUGAUAUCUAAACUGCCUUCAAUACGAGGAUUCGUCCCAUCUAAAACAGAAGCCUGCCCCACCAUCAGCUCUGCUGCAGGUUCCAUACGAGGGUUUGAUAUGAUGGAAGUGUUUGGCUUAGUAGAGAAGGAAUAUUCCUCCGUUAAAGGUGUAGCCAUGGAGCCGUUCAUAUUCAGCGGAUCCCGCACCUUCACGCUGUUCAGGGACACUCAGCUCACCCAGAGGACCAGCUGAUGUCACCUCUUUGCAAUCCCACCUGAGCACACCAUCAGCUUCCUCCUGCGCCUCCUGCCCGAGACCCCCAAGGAGCCCUUUGCCGUGUGGCAAAUAACAGAUGAGGACUUCCAGCCCCUCCUCGGUGUUAACCUUGACCCCAGUAAGAAAUCCUUGACCUAUUUCAACCAUGACUACAAGGCUGACUUGCAGGAAGUCUCCUUUGACCAACAGGAAGUGAAGAAGAUAUUCUAUGGGAGCUUUCAUAAGGUGCACGUGGCAGUGAGCCGCUUCAAGAUCAAACUCUAUCUGGACUGUAAGAAAAUAGCAGAGAAACCCAUCAACACUGUUGGCAGCAUCUCUACAGCCGGCUUCAUCAUGCUGGGAAAAGUGACAAGGACCAGAGGGCCCAGGAGUGGGUCGGCAUCGUUCCAGCUGCAGUCUUUGCAGAUUGCGUGCAACAGCUUAGGGGCAGAGGAGGACAGAUGCUGUGAUCUUCCUGCACUGAGAGAUGAGGAGACCUGCCCGACCUUAGCUCCUGCCUGCUCUUGCACUUCUGGCCGCCCAGGCUUGCCAGGACCUCCAGGGCCCCCUGGCAGCCCUGGGAGGAGAGGACCGCAAGGGGAGCAGGGGGAGCCAGGGCCCAAGGGUGAACCAGGCCCACCCGGAAAAGUGGGGCCAGCAGGCCCCAGUGGCCAGCAAGGCUCUCCAGGCUCCCAGGGAAUCACGAUUCAGGGUCCUGUGGGACCACCAGGUAUAAAAGGAGAGAAAGGAGACACUGGAAGUCCUGGCGUGCAGGGCAUUCCUGGCGUGCAGGGAGCUCCCGGCAGGGAUGGUCUUCAAGGUGCAAAGGGGGUGAGGGGACUAGAAGGCACCGCUGGGCCCCCAGGACCUCCUGGACCAAGGGGUUUCCAAGGAGUGACAGGCUCCCGAGGCAGCAGUGGUGAGAAGGGACCUCCGGGUGACGUUGGGCCAACAGGACUGCCGGGUCCAAAAGGAGAAAGAGGAGAGAAAGGCGAACCACAGUCCUUGGCCACAAUUUACCAGCUCGUCACCCAGGCUUGUGAGCGGAUGAUUCAGACUCAUGUGUUGAAGUUUGACUCAUUCAUUCACGAACAUGCAAGGAAACCAGUUCCUGUUUGGGAAGAAAGGUUAAAGCCAGGAGAACCAGGACCACCAGGUCCUCCAGGUCCCCCUGGGAGCAAUGGAGAAAGAGGAGAAAAUGGCAUCCCUGGCCAGCCAGGAAAAGAUGGGUAUCCUGGAGAAAGAGGUGCCCCAGGACCUAAGGGAGAAAAAGGGAUGCCUGGAGUCAACGAGGAAGGGAUUCAAGGACCCAGAGGUAGAACAGGCCCACCAGGAGAAGUCGUGCUGGGAAAACCAGGUCCAAAGGGUUACCCUGGGAACACGGGGCCUCAAGGUUUUCCUGGUGUCAGGGGACAGCCUGGCCAGUCGGGAUAUCCAGGUGGUUGUGAUAUCUCUGGAUGUUACGGAGCAGAUAGAAGAGAUUUCAUCCCCUGAUGGCUGAUGCAGAGGCAGCUGAGGACAGUUCUCUUCCCUGGAAACCUCUGGGCUGAAAGCGCCACAUGGUCUAAGAGCAGCAGCCACCUGAACACCAAAUGCCUUGUUUGUUUUUUUAAUGUCUUAUCAUUUCUAUAAGGACAUGUCAAUCAAACACUGCAGCCAGCAAACCAGCCUGCGUACGGAUGAGUCCCAGGCAUCUUGCUCUGUUUUUCAGCACUGGAUGACUGCAGUGCUCAAACUCACAUGGCAUGUCCAACAGCAAGGCAAACACAGCCAGAGGUGCAGGAUGACAGACUUGUAAGAAAAAGAAAUAAUGUAUUGAAUGAUUCUGAUUCUACAAAACGCUCAGAAAUAACAGAUUUUUUUCCCAUU